AUGUCAUCAAGCGGUUCGGAUUAUUACGGUAGCCCAUGCUCUAUCCCAUCUCCAUCUACACCAGGUUUCCAGAAUCCUCCUCUAACCCCAUGGGAUAGUUCUUAUGGUGCCUACUCUCCUACUCAAAGCUAUGAUAAUAUGCGGCCAUGGACAGAGCAGCAGAAAACCGGCAUUCCUCAGCAAUCUUUUUUCUCCUUUGGGACACCAGCUCAUAGCCCAAACAUGGCUCCCAAUACUUUAAAGAUGAGUCAAGCUCCACACAGACUUGAGCAGCAGGUUGUGGAUCCAGAUGUGUUUGCAAUGGCACAAAACUCUCCAGGGCCUGUGGUACUGGACAACUCUGUUUUAUUGGACAGCCCCUUAUCUCCAUCCAAAGCACGCAGUCCCAGCUCAAAUGAGGGUCGUUGUGCUGUCUGUGGAGAUAAUGCUUCUUGUCAGCACUAUGGCGUACGAACCUGUGAAGGAUGCAAAGGCUUUUUUAAGAGGACUGUACAAAAAAAUGCCAAGUACAUCUGCUUGGCUAACAAGGACUGUCCCGUGGACAAAAGGCGCCGGAAUCGCUGCCAGUUCUGUCGGUUUCAAAAAUGCUUAGUAGUAGGGAUGGUAAAAGAAGUUGUACGCACAGACAGCUUAAAGGGCCGACGGGGUCGCCUUCCAUCAAAACCAAGGCAAGCAUCUGAUUCUUCUCCUGUUAGUCUUAUUAAUUCAUUGGUACGAGCUCACAUCGAUACCAUCCCCAAUUCUAGCAAUCUGGAUUACUCACAAUACCAAGAAAAUGUCCCCAUUCUGCUGGAGAAGGAGAAUCCAGUUGACGUACAGCAGUUCUACGACCUUCUGUCAGGUUCUCUGGAAGUGAUCCGCAAAUGGGCAGAGAAAAUCCAGGGUUUCAUAGAGCUUCCUAAAGAAGAUCAGGACCUCCUGCUGGAGUCUUCUUUCCUGGAGCUCUUCAUCCUGAGGCUGGCUUACAGUUCGAAGCCUGAGGAAGGGAAGCUGGUUUUCUGUAACGGAGUGGUGCUUCACCGUUUGCAGUGUGUUCGAGGCUUUGGAGAGUGGAUAGACUCAAUCAUUGAAUUUUCGCACAGUCUCCAACGUAUGAACAUCGACGUCCCAUCAUUUUCCUGCCUCUCUGCCCUUGUCAUCAUCACAGAUCGGCACGGACUGAAAGAACCUAAGAAAGUUGAGGAACUUCAAAACCGAAUUAUUAAUUGCCUUAAAGAGCAUGUGCCGUCCACAUUGAGCGAGCCCAACCGAUCUAACUGUCUAUCCAAGUUGUUGGGCAAGCUGCCUGAGCUGCGCACCCUCUGCACACAGGGCCUUCAGCGUAUUUUUUACCUGAAACUGGAGGAGCUUGUUCCGCCACCACCUAUUGUAGAAAAGAUCUUCAUGGACACACUGCCCUUCUAA